CGAUGAUGCUAACAGGGAAAAUGUAAAUAACAAACUUAAUAAUAAUGUUAAAUUUACUGAUAAAACCAAACUAUUUAAGUGCGAAGUGAGCAGUGCGAGCGUACUUUAAUAGCACCCAUUGUUGUCAAAAAAUAUAAAAACCAUUAAAUUAUGUACUUGCACACGGUUACAUUUUAAGAAAAAUUUAUUAAAUGAACGUUAUACGAGAAAUGUUUUCGGCAAAUUGUGUUACAUUUAUGAUAAGUGCUCUGUUGGUACACGCAAAUAGCAUUGCUGCAAGAUCAAGAUCUACAUCCUGCGAGGAACUUCAUCGUGCCUACGCAAAAAAUGAUCCGGCACGUGAGUUAACGGUAUUCGGGAACAAGCAUUGGUUAUCAGUGUACCAUGAAGAUAGCAAGCCUAGUCGUGCUGCUGCAAUGCUUCUGCUCACAGUACUGCGGUAUGGCCUGCGUUACAAGCAAGUGCGUAUGCGCACCUUGCCUUCAUCUGGGCUCUGUGGGAUUCAAUUACAACCUGAGGUCGACGAAGAUCCAAUUUCACAUGAACAUGAGGUGGUUUUGGCUCCAUCGAUUUCUUGGAACGAAACAGCACCUAGUAGUUGUGUGUCAGAAAAGGAGACUGAAGUAGAGCCUCUUCGAGUGCUGGGUGCUGGUGCAGCGCCUGUCUCACUCGACCCUCCUUCCAAACAGCACAGUUCUUACUUACACGCGAACCGUACAAUUAGAGUUGCCGAAAUCUCUAAGUUAAGAAAGUUUGCACCUUCGGUACUUGAAGUUUUCGGAAGAUUCUCACCAAGACCUAAUGACCUUCGAAAAAUGUUCCCUGAUUUUAGCUUAGAAACCGCUUGCAAAUGGGCAUUGAAUAACUCUGAAGUCUUUGAAAAUUGGCUCCAAAUUACAAGAACACGUGUUUACGAGGUGGCUGCAUAUUUGUGCCAAGACGAUCCUGAUAAUAAAGAAUAUAUUGAGAUUCUUAAACAAACCUUAGUAACAUACAAUAUUCAUAAAAACGAAGAUUUAAAGUUUAACUUGAAAACUAAUGCGAAAGUCUUUAAUGUUAACUGCUCUGACGAAUAUUCGCUGAUGAAGAAGUUUAUGGAAAGAGCUCAUAGCUUUCAUUGGCCAAGGCUCAUAGGCGUUAUUGCCAGUGGAGCCGGCAUAAGGGCAACGAAGAGUGUGGCCUCAGUUUUGGACACUGUUUUAGUUCAGUAUGAUAUACCUGUACCCGGUGAUGAGUUUCCACCUACUCGUACUGCUACUGGUCGUUUACAACACCUCUCACUUGGAAUCCAAUAUUUUCUCGCUUCCUGUAAAUGGACACGGCUCGCCGUAAUUUCCGAAGAUACAAAAUUAGCAUGCGCUCUUAUGGCUUCACUAAGCGCUGAAAACAAUUUAAUAGUACGCGAUGUUUCUGUUACAAGAGGCGUUAAAACCGCAUUGAGCACCCUAUUCGCGGAGAAAGCACGUAUUAUUUUUAUUAACGGUAAUCCAGAUACUGCAUCAACUGUUCUAUGCAUGGCGCAUGAAGAGAAAAAACUUAUAACUACUUCUUAUGUGUGGAUAUUACGCGAAUGGCGGUUUAAAGGCUUAACAUGUUCAAAUUAUACAAUACGGGAAAACGAGUUUCUUCAUUUUACUAUUUCCUUUUGGUGGAGAGGUGGAGAUGUUAACUCCUUGCCUCCAAACACGAGACCAAAAAAAGACAUUCAUAGACAAAUUCAAAACCGGUUGACCACUCGCGUGUGGCCAAUAAGAGCUGCUCCUUUAGUAGAUGCUGUAACAAUUUUACUACAUGGCUUUUAUAAUUUGUUACAAAGUCGUUAUUCUAUAGAUGAUCUACAUAAUAACGACACAAAUCGGGCGUUUUGGGCAUCUUAUGAUGCAAAUCCAGCACAAGGGGUGAUGCAGCAGUUGAACUCCAGUCAAGCAGCUCUAAGUUGUCCAUUAAUUUACGUCUACAAUAGUCAAAGCGAACUGGAAGCAGUGUGGAAGAUUUAUGACGAUAGAGUGCAUGUACUAUAUCAGCCACGACCUUUCUUUGAUGAGAUAAUGCGCCCAUCAGACGGCCGUGUCUCUUGUUGGACGACAUCCACCGGCAGUAAGUUCAUGCCACGCUGUCACGACGCAGGCUGGUUCACAGGAUUAGCAGCAAUAAUAAUCGCUAUUCCAACAGCAUUAUAUGCGCGACGUGCUCGGCAACAACUGAUUGCUCGUCGUGAUAGUGUGUUUACUGCACGCCUUUUAGCGCGAGGACGACGGGCCUCUGUAGCACUAGCACCAUACCUAGUAGACCGUGCUACUCUUAAGCUAGAUCGUGAACUUGGUAACGGUCGUUAUGGCAGAGUCCGCCUCGGCGUCCUGCGUCCACCCGGAAAGCCACCAUUAGUCGUAGCGGCUAAAACACUUCGAGAGGAGGCCACACAAGCUGAUGAACGCGAAUUUCUCAACGAAGCAGUAACAAUAGCGUCACUCAGUCACGAGCACAUUGUGAGGCUGAUUGGAGUGUGUGCUACCGGCGGCCCUCCACUCGUCUUGAUGGAACACGCAUUUUUUGGAGAUUUACGCGAGUAUCUUCACGAGCGGCGGCACCUGGUCGAGACAGUGGGUCACGUAAGCGCGGAGACUAAACAAGUGUCUGGUCCCGCAUUGACCCGAUUGGCGUGUCAGGCGGCGAAAGCACUCGAUUACUUACGACUGAAGCGAAUCGUACAUCGUGACGUGCGUGCCUCUAAUUGUCUAAUUGACGCACGUCGCUCAUUAAAGCUCGCCGAUUUUGGAUUGGCUCGCAAGACAGAGACGAAAGAGGGCAACGAGGAGUAUAAAUGUCGCCGGAGUAUGUUUUUACCGGCGAUGUGGAUGGCGCCAGAGAGCUUAGAACGUGGUAUAUUCACAGCGGAUUCUGACGUGUGGGCGCUUGGUGUUCUUCUAUUGGAGUUGGUCACAUUAGGCGCGCGCCCCUACGGCCACUGGUCUCCUGAUCGUGUAAUGCGAUACGUCUGUGCCGGUGGAUAUCCACCCUUACCAAGGGAUGCAACGCCUGAAUUAAGGCUAUUACUGCUGCAAUGCUGGCGGCAUGUUCCAGCGGAACGCGUGUCAGCAGCAGAAUUGGCGCGCCAGUUGAGCUGCAGCCCAGCAGCACUGCGUCCUGCAUUACAAUCGCCCGAAUAUUCUGAACCGUGAAAUAUUUUUAAAACACUACCUUCAGCGUAGCUAGGGGAACGGGACAGUAUCCUCUUUGCCCAACCUAAAAUUUUGCGAAUUAAACGGCGACAGUUGAGAUUUUACUAUACCGUUUCAAUAUUAUUUUCAGAAAUAAUGUUAGUUCAACUGGACGACUGCUUCAUCUAAAAAAACCCUAGCUAGCUACGCCAAUUACCUAUUAGAAUUUCACUCUAGGUACCGUAUCAGCGGUUGACAUAAGCCUAAAGCCUUUUAUUUAUCCAGAUAGGUUAUUUACAUUUUGAAAAAAGUUGUUAGUUGCAGUUCUUAAUUGUUAAGUUAGUAUUAUUAGUUUAUUAUUUAGGUGCAUGGAUCCCUCUUUGGGUGAAUGCCUCCUCCAGUUUUUCCCAUUCUUUCCUAUCUUGAGCUGAUUUUGUCAAGUGAAUGUUUGCUGUUUGUUGUGCGUUAUAUCAUCACUCCAACGUUUAUAUGGUCUUCCAAUUUUCCUUUUGCCGUAUGAUCCUCUCCAUUCUGUAAUUUUCUUGGUCCAUAUCUUCCAUCUGGUAGACGAGCAACAUGGCCAGUCCAUUUCCAGUUUGAGUGCAUAGGUUAGCUUAGGCGAUAGUGGGUCGUGUAGUCGGUUAGUUAAAAAAUCCCUAAAAUCAAAUAUAAAUAAUUUCAUAGGAAUAUUGGAAACAGUAGCUCUGCUUCAACUUAAGUAUCAGGAUCUUAGUGUCUCAGUAAUACAAGUAUAUGCACCUACAGAAAACUCAAGUAAAGACGAUACCUAUAGACAUUUUCUACAAUGACAUUAGGAAAGCACACACACUAGCAAACGAUCGUGUUGUGGUGAUAGGAAAUUUUAAUGAAAAGAUUGGACAACCAACAAAGCAGGAAAAUCUGACCAUGGGUUAAUAUGGCUAUGGAACACGGAAUGCAAGAGGCGAAAUUCUCAUAAAAUAUGCAUCAGUAUUCGAACUAUCAAUCAUGAACAAAUUUUUCAAAAAAAAGAGAAACGCAAGUGGACAUGGAUAUCACCCAACUCUAAAAAAAAGAAUGAAAUU